AUGGUAUACCCAACACUCCCUAUCACCAAUGGUGGUAAUUACCUAUCUGCGAUACCGAGAUCAUCCGAAUCUGAGUCUUCGUUAGAUCCAGAACCAGUCACACCUGAGUUGAACUCCCGACAAACAAUACGCAAUAUCGAAGAACCUGAAGAACAGUUACAAUGCAAAUGGAACGACUGUAAACACACUUCUUCAUCACCUGAUGAAUUAUAUGAUCAUCUUUGUAACGCUCACGUCGGAAGGAAAUCUACAAACAAUCUAUGUCUCACUUGUGGUUGGGAGAAUUGUGGUGUGAAAUGCGUCAAAAGAGAUCACAUCACUUCGCAUCUAAGGGUCCAUACACCACUCAAACCCCAUCCUUGCUCAGUGUGUUCAAAAACAUUCAAGCGGCCACAAGAUUUGAAGAAACACGAACGAAUCCAUACGCAAGAACAUCAUCAGAUGCAUAAAUUAAGCAAAGCUGCUACUUCAACAGACCCGAUCUUCAAUUCCAGAGUAUCAACCGGAAACAUCCACUCUCAUGCAGACGUUCGACAACGAUCACCAAUGUCAUCUUCACACUCCCUCUCACCUUCCUCGUCAUCCUCCCGAUCGCAAUUAAACCCGUCCUCACCAUAUGAUCAUCUACUACACCCCAACCAUAGCCAAGAGAAAUCCACUUCACCCUCACCCUCCGCUCUAGCUGCAUUACACCGGAAACAACAUGAAGAGCUGGCCGCAUACCAACAAAGGGAAAUGGCAAUACUUCAACAAUUAGCGUAUAAUCAACAGCAAACUCAAGCUUACGCUGCUCAAUUAGCCGCAGGCGAUGGUUUCUCCAAAGUCGGCAUGAAAAGAGGUCAAAGCGAAGGAUUAGAAGGUUUAUUGGCUGAUAUGAAGAAGAGAAAAGUCGAGCCGGUUUAUGAUGCAGGCUUCAACGACUACACCCCUCCACUCAAUGCAACCGUCAACCCCUACCCAGCCCUACCCUCUCUUCCAGGGUUACCUUCUUCGAUGACAUCUGUCAAUCCUUCGCCGCCAUUGUCCAUACCGGAGAUCCGAACGGAAGCCGAUUUGGCAAUGUUCAACGAGUUCAUGAUAUCUCUUGGACGAGACGCAGCAGGUCAAUCGCAGCAUAUCCAACCUAUGAUGCACACUACGUCCGGUGGAUCUAACAACGAUUCACCGUUAUCAGACAACAGUGCUAGCGUCGAAGACCUGUUCAACCCUGAAGAACUCGCUUCAUUAGGUUUAGGGAUCCCGAUUCCUCAACACACAGAGAACCCCCAGAUGUCUCACUCUCUUCCAAACAAUUCGUCAAUCUCUUUCGGUGGAUUAUACCCAUCAUUGGAAGGCAUGCGAAGUCGCACUGGAUCCGCGCCCGAUGUUUCCACCUUAUCCGAUCCGUCUUUCAAACGACCCAUCGCUAGUCUACCGAGAGCAUCUACAGGAAGUCUUCAUACAGGCACCCACAUAAAACCAGCGACCACAUCCAAUUUCUAUGGACUCGGACCAACACAAUAUGCCGAACUUCCAUUUACAUUCAACGACUACAGUCACAAUGACGCUGGUCUCGGAUCUAUUGACCACAAUGGAUAUGACUCGUUCGAUUCCCUCGCUCGUUCCAAGCAAAACUUGUACCCUGCAGCGACACUUGCUCCAAAAGACUUUUACAAAAAGACGUACAGACAUGUCCAACCUCUGGGAGCGAGUCUAUCCGCCAGAGCUAAAGAAUCCGCUGAACGUACUGCGUUCGAAGAAGACGAAGAGGAUGAAUAUGUCAUUGAAGAGCCUUCAGAAUACGAAGAAGAUAUGGAGAAAACCCCCAAGAUACCAGUUAAAUCUCUGUUAAGUGAUGUUGACUCGGAUCCUGCCUUGAGGUUACCUGCUAUACAAUCAUCUACACCAGAUGAAAACAAUAGGACAUUGCCUUCUUUAUCGUCAAUAAAUCAUUAUCGAUCAAACUCAAUUGCAUCGAGUUCGUCAACACCUAAAGGAUCACCUGUGCCAUCCUCAAGAAACCUGCCUUUAGUCGCCUUGCCUGUCAAGAGACACACUGAAGAUGCGAUUGUCAGAGGUGUGAAACGAUUGGAAUUGAACGAUGGUGAAUCAGUCUCAACGAGUCUUGGUGACGAUCACGAAUCUAGUGAGGCAGAUACAGAGGAAGAAGAAGAACCUGAAAGACCUUCAACAGCUACGAUAGUCAAAGAGAUGAGAAGGAGACAUGCUCAAUUAAUCCGAAGUUGGUUAAUAGCUGUUAACCUUGAGUUCAGACGUAAGAAAUUGGAACAACAUCAAUUGUUAGAACGGCAACGACAGGAAUUCGAACUUCGACAUCAAAGAGAACGAGAUGAACAACUGCAUGAGAUCGACGAGCUAGAGGAGGACGACAGAGAAUGGGAAGAAGAGAGAGAAAGGGAGAAGGAGCCGAGGGUGAAAGUCGAAAUAUUGGCUUAA